AUGGGGCGCUGGAUAUGUUGCCCUUGCUCCAGAGUUGCAGAUUUAUUGAUGCUGCUCCUGGUUUUGGCUCUGAGCUGUAGCCCUUCCACAGCAGCAACAGCUACUCCAUCUGCGCCCCACAUCAAACCCAGCUACAGUUUUGGCCGGACUUUCCUGGGACUUGAUAAAUGCAACGCCUGCAUUGGGACAUCCAUUUGCAAGAAAUUCUUUAAAGAAGAAAUCAGGUUUGACACCUGGCUUUCUUCUCAUUUAAAAGUGCCCUCCAGCUACCUGCUCAGCUACUCGGGCAACUACACCGACGAUGCCAAGAGCUGGCGGCUGGUUGACAUCACCCGGCUGACCUCCAAGGACCGUCACGACCGGGCCGACAAGCGCAUCUGCACCUCCCUGCUGAAGACCAAGACCUGCAGCCUGGAGCGCGCCCUGCGUCGCACGCACCGCUUCCAGAAGUGGCUGCGUGCCAAGCGCCUCACCCCCGACCUGGUCCAGGGCCUGUCCAGCCCGAUGCUGCGCUGCCCGUCCCAGCGUCUCCUGGACAGGAUAGUGCGGCGCUACGCGGAGGUGCCGGACGCUGGCAGCAUCUACAUGGACCACCUCACCGACCGGGACAAACUGCGCCUGUUGUACACCCUGUCAGUGAAUUCACACCCCAUCUUGUUACAGAUCUUCCCUGACGUGGAGGGAUGGCCCUUCCCACGGUACCUGGGCUCCUGCGGGCGGCUGGUGGUCAGUGCCAGCACCCAGCCCCUGCGCGAGUUCUACGGAGCAGCCCCUGAGGUGGCUGCCGACCUGGCCCUCCAGCUCCUCGCCAUCCUCCGCUUCAUGGGCACCAACGACCUCAACUAUUUCCUCUACUUCACCCACGUGGACGCUGGCACCUUUGGUGUGUUUAGCAACGGGCAUCUGUUCAUCCGGGAUGCCAGCACGCUGGGGAUCAUUGACAAGGAGGAAGGGAGCCAGCUGAUGGAUGGCCAACAGGAGUAUAAAGAUAUAUUUAGCUGUUUGACUGUGGACUGUCAGUCUGCAUUUGUGUCCUGUAACUCCAUCAGAGAGAAGCACAGCCUCAUCAUGGUGUGUCAAGAGCUUUUGCCUAAGCUGCUGAAGGGGAAAUUCUUGCAACCUGUGCAGGAGAAAAUAGACAGCUUCCUGCAGCACUGUGCCGAUGGCCUCACUGAUGACCAGGGUGUCAACGUGGAGGUUGCAAAGCUGGCAGAGCUCCUGAAACCGCUACGGUCCUGUGAUUCACGUUUUGCCUACCGCUACCCUGACUGCAAAUACAGUGACAAGUACUGA